UUUCUCCAAGAUAAGUAAGUGAAAUACAAAGAGUAAAUAGGCUGGAUGAAUGAUAAGAGGUAUAAUUAGAAACUUGGAUGCAUUGUAUAUGGAAGCCCUAAAGGCACAGUUUUGGUUUUAGAGAAGCGCUGAUUUAAAAACCCAAACAAAAUAUGUAAGACGAGGAGGCUAAAUCUACCCUGAGCAGUGUUUUCUGCCACCAGUAUUCCCACUUUAGCCAGUGAACGCUAUUCCCAGGAUUGUCUGCAGGUCCAAGCUCUGACCUGGUUGGGAUUUUGUAGUAUAUUCCAAUACAGGCAGAGGAACUUGCAAUGUUUUACAUUGUUUGCAGAAACCACUGAAGUCGACGCUCACUGGGAACGCGUUCUCAGGCACGCUGGCGCUUUGAUACCUAGAGGAUUUUAAAACACAGAUGAAAACUUAUUCUUACUCCUUCGCAAAGCAGUAGCCAGAGAUCUCUGAAACCAUACCACGAAAAGAGAAAGAAAUGCCCCCAAACUAGAAGGAAGUCUCCUCUUCCUUGCUUAAGCAAUUCUCAUCACUACUUGCCUGCCAGGAAACAUUUACAGCUAAUAAACUGCACCUUAAAGGAACAGACAUACAUCGCCCCUAGAAAAUCACGAGGGAUACCGAGCCCAUCGGAUUUUGCAAACAAGGUGCUGAGGGCAGAGCGCUGGGUCCGUUCCACCUUAACGGAGGUUGAGGGCCGGCUUCCCCGCUCCCCGCCCGGAGCCCGCGUGAUAGGUGGCUGGGGCGCGAGGGGCGGGGCUUGGCAGCGCUCGGUAUAAAUAUUCAUGAGAGCGCGGUGGCCGGCCUGGCGCUGCCGGGGCCGGAGAGCGAGAAGUUGUGCAAAGGGCGCUGUGGCUGCCGAGACCCAGGUGGCUCCGCAGCGGCGCGGGGGGAUUACAGCGCCUGCGGCCGGACCGUGCUGCGGCGGGCUCGGGGAAGCUCGCGCGGCUGCAGGGGCACCGGGGACCCCCGGGCGGUGCGGUGCGGCUGCUGGGGGCCGCGCAGGCUAGGUCCGUGGCUCCGAGAGCCCUCAGCCAUCUUGGCUGGGCACCGCAGGGACAGAAGGCGAAAGUUGCGGCGCCCGGCCGGGAGCGCAGCGGCCGCUGGAGCAGCGCGGAGCGCGGGUGCAGCCCCCGAGCCGACAGGCGAUGAGAGCGCGGCUGACAAGCCUCCCCCGAGCGGACUGAACGCGCCCACCCCCGCGGGCUCUACGCGCUGCUCCCUGUACCCGGAGCGCUGCAGGAGACGCUGAAGGGGGCUGUUUGCGGGGCUUCCCCCUGCCCCGGACAGGCCAGAAGAGGCGGCCCCGGGGCUGUAUCCUUCGCGGCCCGGCGAGCCGUGCGGAGGGUGGCGGUGCGUUCCCGGGCACCUGCAGCAGCAAGCCGGGGGGGCGGGGUUCGCCCUGCGGGCAGAGGCGGGACGCGGGGCUGCCUGCAGGACAAUACACCCCGGCGGCGGGGCGCCCCGGGAGAGGCCGUUCCUCAGGGCGUUUGCGGUGCCCCCGGCGCCUUCCGCUACUAGGGGGCAGCGAGGACUCGGAGCUGCCGGGCGGCCGCCGCCGCCUCUCGCCGAGCAUGGAGCGGAGUUACCUGCUGGAAAUCACCUCGCUGCUCGCUGCCUUCUCCCUGCUGCAGCGCUCGAGCGCCGCCGCCGCCUCCUCCUCCUCCGUUGCCGCCGCCGCCGCCUCCUCGGCCAAGGAGCUGGCGUGCCAGGAGAUCACCGUGCCCCUGUGCAAAGGCAUCGGCUACAACUACACCUACAUGCCCAACCAGUUCAACCACGACACGCAGGACGAGGCGGGGCUGGAGGUGCACCAGUUCUGGCCGCUGGUGGAGAUCCAGUGCUCGGCCGACCUGCGCUUCUUCCUCUGCAGCAUGUACACCCCCAUCUGCCUGGAGGACUAUAAGAAGCCGCUGCCUCCCUGCCGCAGCGUCUGCGAGCGGGCCAAGGCCGGCUGCGCCCCGCUCAUGCGCCAGUACGGCUUCGCCUGGCCAGACAGGAUGCGCUGCGACCGCCUGCCGGAGCAGGGCAACCCGGACACGCUGUGCAUGGACUACAACCGCACGGACCUCACCACCGCCGCGCCGCCCCCGGCCAAGCCCCCGCACCGCGGCGGGAAGGCGAGUGGCGCUGCAAGGCCCCCCGCGGCCGCUGCGCCCCCGGCCGAGCCCCCCCGCAAGCCCCGGCCACCUCCCCCUUGCGAGCCGGGCUGCCAGUGCCGGGCGCCCAUGGUGUCCGUGUCCAGCGAGCGCCACCCGCUCUACAACCGGGUGAAGACGGGGCAGAUCGCCAACUGCGCGCUGCCCUGCCACAACCCCUACUUCAGCCCGGACGAGCGCGCCUUCACCGCCUUCUGGAUCGGCCUGUGGUCCGUGCUCUGCUUCCUCUCCACCUUCGCCACCGUCUCCACCUUCCUCAUCGACAUGGAGCGGUUCAAGUACCCGGAGCGGCCCAUCAUCUUCCUGGCCGCCUGCUACCUCUUCGUCUCGCUCGGCUACCUGGUGCGCCUGGUGGCCGGGCACGAGAAGGUGGCGUGCAGCGGCGGGGCGGGAGCCGGCGGAGCCGGGGCUGGAGCAGCGGGGGCCGGCGGGAGCGCAGCAGCGGGGGCCGCGGGCGGGCGGGGCGCGGCAGGGGGCGCGGCGGAGCUGCAGCCGGAGCUGGCGGUGGCCGAGCACGUGCGCUACGAGAGCACGGGCCCGGCGCUGUGCACCGUGGUCUUCCUGCUGGUGUACUUCUUCGGCAUGGCCAGCUCCAUCUGGUGGGUCAUCCUCUCCCUCACCUGGUUCCUGGCCGCCGGCAUGAAGUGGGGCAACGAGGCCAUCGCCGGCUACGCGCAGUACUUCCACCUGGCCGCCUGGCUGCUGCCCAGCGUCAAGUCCAUCGCCGUGCUGGCCCUCAGCUCCGUGGACGGCGACCCCGUGGCCGGCAUCUGCUACGUGGGUAACCAGAGCCUGGAGAACCUGCGGGGCUUCGUGCUGGCGCCGCUGCUCAUCUACCUGGCCAUCGGCUCCAUGUUCCUGCUGGCCGGCUUCGUCUCGCUCUUCCGCAUCCGCAGCGUGAUCAAGCAGCAGGGCGGCCCCACCAAGACGCACAAGCUGGAGAAGCUGAUGAUCCGCCUGGGGCUCUUCACUGUGCUCUACACGGUGCCGGCCGCCAGCGUGGUGGCCUGCCUCUUCUACGAGCAGCACAACCGGCCCCGCUGGGAGGCCACGCACAACUGCCCCUGCCUCCGCGACCAGCAGCCCGACCAGGCCCGCCGCCCCGACUACGCCGUCUUCAUGCUCAAGUACUUCAUGUGCCUGGUGGUGGGCAUCACCUCCGGCGUCUGGGUCUGGUCCGGGAAGACCCUGGAGUCCUGGAGGGCCCUCUGCACCCGUUGCUGCUGGGCGAGCAAGGGAGCUGCAGCCGCCGGGCCCACGGGGGCAGGGGGCGGGGGGCAGGUAGCUGCCGCGGCCGUGGGGGGACUGGCGGGGGGAGGAGGCGGCGGGGGCUCCAUGUACAGCGAUGUCAGCACUGGUUUAACGUGGAGAUCGGGCACUGCCAGUUCUGUGUCCUACCCCAAGCAGAUGCCCUUGUCUCAAGUGUGAGAGCUGGAGAGGCUUGGGGGGCCGCUGGCCUGUAUGAAAUGCUUCCUCACUGUUUGGUGCCAUUAAUGAACCCCUAAUGGUCCCCAUUAGCUACGGCUUGUGCAGAACAAUUCAGCCGGCAGAGGCCCCAAGCACCAGCCCCCCUCCUCCCCCAUCUCCAUUCAUAUGCAGGGAGCAUGUACUUCAAGGCGUCAGCUUAUUAUUGUGCUGGCAGAAAAGGGUGGAGGAGUCUCAGCAGUUUCUGGAGGGAGCAGGACAAGAAGUAGUUUGAGUCUCUCUGUGGACUUGCAGUAGAGCUCCCUUCAACGGGGGUCCUCCUCAUACCUACUCCAAGGGAGGAGGUUAUUGGCCUGAUGGGACUGCAGGUUUUGGGUAUUCUUAACAACCAGGCAAAUGCCUUAAACACACAAAUCAUGUCUUAAUUAUACACCCAAAAUAAAUACGGGUUUUGCAGUAAACAAUGUAUUUAUAUAAUUAUUUGUUACUUUGUACAAAUAUGUAAGAUAUGUAUAUAUCCAAAGCUAUACAGUCUGUACAUUUUUUGUAAAGUUUAGAGGCUCCCCCUGUAAGAGCAAAUAUUUGAGUAUUCUAUUUUGUCAAUAAAAUGACUUUUGAUAAAUGAUUUUUUCUAAGCUUCCCCCUCCUACCCUGAUUAUUCCAGAUGUUGUUAGUAGUUAACUGUCACUGAAAGAUAUCACUAUAAGCUAUAUUACCAAUGCAAUCCUUAAUGCAGUUACUUAUCUUUAACUUAAAAUGUGAGAUUUUUUUAAAGAAACAAAUUUUUAGACUGACUUGUUGAAUGUUAUAAAACCUGAGCUGCCUUAUAAUAAUUCUUUGCUGCUCUAUGUUCUGUAAGCCAUCACACUUGUAUGUAAACUAAAGUUGGACAAGGCAGUAAUUUCCCACAUGCCUUGUUAUGUAUCCUGUAAAAUAGAUGUUAUUUUAGGAAUGUGAACACUCACCCUACCUUUCAUAGCUAUUGUCUGUUUUUUGUAAGCACCUGCCUUUAGAGGGGCUACAUAGUGCUAAAGUGUAAAGGUUAAUGUUUCAAAUCCAUAGAUCAUGUUUUACAGUAGAACAGUGAGUUGAGAAUUGUUAGAUCAGUCUUUCCUUAACAGAUUAAACUAACAGGUUAACAUCUUAACCUUUCAUACUUAACUUUUGUAUAUCAAAUAUGGUCCUUUUUCAAAAGAAAAGGUAUUGUUCUUCUGUCAAGACUAAGCUAAUUUGAGUAGAAGGCUGUUGAAUUAACAGAAGAAUGCUUUGGCAAUUGUUGAACUUUUUACCUGUCUGCUCAGCGGCUCAGAACAUCAUUCCUUUAAGAGGAGCUAACUGAAUAGGGUUAAUCUGUAGGGAACUUGGUCUCUUUUGAGUUUAGAAAAACUUUGAUCUUUUCUCUUCUGCAAACAUGAUGUAUAGUCUGAAGUUUCUUUCCCUGCUGCUGGGUUCCUCUUGUUGCAGAAUUGGCCACCAUGGAGCCUUAAAGUUCUUCAAUUAAAGAGAUGUGAGAUUUUAAAAAAAAAUAGAAGAGGAAGACUUGUAACAGUUAGUGAACAGGAGAGGGAAAAGGGAGAACAGCCUUUUAAACAGCUUUUUCCCUCCAUUGUUAGCCAGUCUGCAGGCAGCAAGGCAUGGGUUGGAGCAGUAUAGAAAAAAAGGCAUGAAUGCCCUACAGGUGGUCUGCUCACAUAAUCUACCCAAUUUAAAGCAUUUUUCUUUGCAGGACAAUUGCAUUACAAAACUCCCUUCUCUUUUACUGCUAAUUGAAGCAAAGAACAACUAUUAUAAAUGAAAAGUUUUUCUUAAAAAAAAAAUCUUUUAUUGCCUGGAAAGUGAUGACUAAAUGCUGGUAUGUUUUCAGAACUAGGCUUCUGUAGACCAUAAAAAGUAAAAGCUGUAGUAAACACUUCUUUGCCCCAGAAAUAUAUUUUUAUGUAUUUUGCUUAUUUUCUGAGAGAUUAGCAAUAAUUUAAAAGCAAUUGGUUAGGUUGUGUGUUAGCCAUGAAAAGAUAGCCCCAGGUCCCUUAUUAGCCUGUCAAUCAAGAUAAGAGAUGGGCAGCUGCCCUACUAAUGACAUAGGCAUCAAUCAUCAUUGGUGGGAAAAACUUUGUCCCAGUGAGUUUUGACUUGAUUAUGGUGUCCUCUUCAGGAGUUCCCAUAACUAAACAGGAACUUCUAGUUUUAUGGUGUUAAUUGAAUCAUGGGGGUGGGGGGCACAAAAAGGCUGGCCCUGUUAGCUCUGUGUACAGACAAUACUUAAAGUGAAGUGUCUCUCCCUGUAAAUAUGAGCCACUUAAGCCUUCUAGCUAGUGCUAUUUUUGCAGCAUUGUAGCAAAGCCUGUACUAGCAUAAUAUUUUAGUUCAAUACUACCUAACUGAACAAGACUGUUACAGACAAGCCUUUUUCUUUAGGCUAGUCAGAUUGUGGUUUUAAAAACACUUCCUACACCAUGUGCACCACAUAUAAAACUAAUGGGGUGUUACCUAGCACUUAGGAAAAAAACCUCCAUGUGGGUUUGGAGGGAGUUUGCUCCUAC